AUGGGAAGUAGAGGUCAAAAGCGUCCAGAAAUGGUAGAUGAACUGCCUGCUGAUAAGAGGGCGUGCAGUUCGUUUGAUUUUAGACCUAGUUCUUCAACUGCCUCGGUUCAAACCGAUAUAAAUUCAACACACUCGGAGGUGGAGCCCCAUGAUAAUGAUAUGGAUACUUCCUCGUCUGCUUCGGCUUCAAGCCGAUCAGAAGGUGAGCCAGAGAAGGAUUCAGCUUAUGGAUCAUGUGAUUCAGAUGACGUGGAACACUAUCAUAGCAGUCUCCAUGAAUAUCAUAGACGGAGAUUAUCUAGUGAUCAUGGAAAAUUUAAGAACAUUAUAUCAAGCUUGAGUGGACAGACUGAACCUUCUGGUCAGUUGGCUGUACUUACCGAGCUCUGUGAAGUUUUGUCGUUUUGUACAGAGGGUUCACUCUCCGGCAUGACUUCAGACUUGUUAUCACCACUACUUGUAAAGCUGGCGAAGCAUGAAAGUAACCCGGAUAUAAUGUUGUUUUCUAUAAGGGCUAUUACUUAUAUAUGUGAUUUGUAUCCUCGGUCAGCUGGUUUUCUUGUUCGUCAUGAUGCUGUUUCUGCUUUAUGUCAAAGAUUACUGACGAUCGAGUAUCAAGAUGUAGCUGAACAGUGUCUUCAAGCAUUGGAGAAAAUAUCGCGAGAACAACCACUUGCUUGCUUACAGGCCGGAGCAAUUAUGGCUGUUUUAAAUUAUAUUGAUUUCUUCUCAACAAGCAUACAGAGAGUUGCUCUUUCUACUGUGGUGAACAUAUGCAAGAAGCUUCCUUCAGAAAGCCCCACACCUUUCAUGGAGGCCGUGCCAAUAUUAUGCAAUCUUCUUCUAUAUGAGGAUCGACAGCUUGUUGAAAACGUUGCUACCUGCUUAAUCAAAAUUGUUGAUCGAGUUUCUCCUUCCUCAGAAAUGUUGGAUGAGCUUUGUAAGCAUGGAUUGAUUCAACAGGUCACACAUCUUUUAAGUAUAAAUGGCCGAGCGAGCCUAUCCCAAUUAAUUUAUAAUGGAUUGAUAGGAUUACUUGUCAAACUUUCAUCGGGAUCAGUCGUAGCCUUCAGGACUUUAUAUGAGCUAAAUAUAAGCAGCAUAUUGAGAGAGAUAUUAUCUGCAUUUGACCUUUCACAUGGUGUAUCAACGUCACAACUUAUUGGUGGACACUGUAAUCGGGUAUAUGAAGUACUCAAAUUGCUGAAUGAACUUCUCCCUGGCCUGGAUAAAGAUCAGAGCAAUCAACUAGCAUUGGACAAAGAAUCCUUCCUAGCUAAUCAUCCAGAUCUCCUGCAGAAGCUUGGGAUGGAUGUGUUUCCCAUGCUAAUCCAGGUGUUUAAUUCUGGUGCAAGUUUAUAUGUUUGCCAUGGAUGCCUAUUCAUCAUGUACAAGUUUGUUUGUUUGACCAAAUCUGACAUGCUUGUGGAGCUGCUUAGGAAUGCCAGUAUUUCAAGUUUUUUGGCUGGAGUAUUCACUCGGAAGGAUCAUCAUAUGCUAUUGUUAGCCUUACAGAUUGCUGAGAUAAUCCUUCAAAAUUUUUCUGAUAUUUUCUUACAGUUAUUUAUAAAGGAGGGUGUCUUUUUUGCCAUUGAGGCGCUCUUAAAACCAGAAAGAUCAUCACAAUUUGUAUACCCAGUAUUUAGCGGCAUUCAGAUGUCGUUAGACUCUGGUCAAAGGUCUUCUUCUAAAGAGGUUCUCAAGUGCCUAUGUUACACAUUUUCAUCUGCCCAAUCUCCUACAUCAUCAGAAGCCAGAAAGUGCAAACUCGACAAAGACUCUGUUCAUAAUCUGGCAGAGCAUAUUAAAGCAAAAUACCUAGCACCAGAAUUAUAUGAUUCUGAGAAAGGAUUGACUGAUAUUUUGAAGAAUCUCAGAGCACUGUCUAAUGAUUUGUUGAGCAUGUCUACUGAUGAAGGUGCUAUUGCUGUGCAUGAAGAGAAAAUCAAUAAUGUACUAGAUCAAAUUAUGGACAAGCUUAUUGGCAAGGAAGAAGUUUCUACUUUUGAAUUUAUUGAGAGUGGAGUUGCAAAAGCACUUGUUAAUUAUUUAUCUCUUGGCCAUUAUAUGGGGGAAAACAAGAGGGUGCAUGGUGUUUGUGGUCAUAAUGCUGUCAUAGAAAAACGAUUUGAGGCUUUUGCUAGUGUAUGCUUACGUACUUUUCAGCCUCUAUCCAGCGAUACACCCCUUUCUGUAUUAAUCAGGAAUCUGCUGUGUGCGCUGACUUCAUUGGAAGCUUUCCCUAUUGUUCUGAGCAAUGUACAAAAAAUGAGAAAUUCAUUUGCUACUGUUCCUAAUGGAUGCUGUAUUCCUUAUCCUUGUCUGAAAGUCCGGUUUGUCAAGGGGGAGAAUGAAACUUACUUGAGUGAAUGUUCUGAGGAUUUUUUUACUGUCGACCCUUUUUCAUCUUUGCACUCCAUUGAAAGAUAUCUGUGGCAAAAGGUCAGCAAGAAAAAUGAAGAGCAUGAAAGCUUACCGUCCAGUCAAGUAGUGUUGCAACCAGGAAGUCCACCGCUUCAACUGCCAUCAAAUACAAGUUCCUGCCUUGAUGAAAUUCAAGCAGUCAAUUUGAAUGCUGGGGAGUCCUCUUCUGGAAUUCAGGUUGCGGAAGAAGAAAUGCAUUUUGUUGCAGAACCAGACUCAAAACUAGAAAAAGAGCAUCUUUCAUCUUGUAGCAACAAAGCUGCUCGCAAACUGAUUUUUUACCUUGAAGGACAACCUCUAGAUCAUAAAUUGACACUAUAUCAGACAAUUCUUCGCCAAAUAAUAAAACAAAAUGAUAGUGGAAUUGGUGCAAAACUAUGGAGUCAUGUGCAUACGUUAACAUAUAAAACAGAUUUGAAACCUGAGGAUAUAAUGCCUUUGGAUUGUCAUUCUUCAGUUCAAGAUUUCUCUCAUGAUAAAGCUUUAGCAUUUUAUCAGCAUAAACCUUUUUUAUCAGACAUGUUCUAUUGUGAACUUGUUUCUGAUUUGGAGAAGUCAAAUCCAACUUAUGAUAUUCUUUUUCUUCUUAAAAGCUUGGAAGGCAUGAACAGAUUUAUAUUUCAUCUUAUGUCACGCGAAAGAAUUUGUGCUUUUGCCGAAGGUAAAGUUGAUAAUCUGGAUAGUCUAAAAAUAACAGUUCCUACUGUCCAACUAAAUGAGUUUGUGAGCAGUAAGUUGACAGAGAAGCUGGAGCAACAAAUGAGGGACUCUUUGGCAGUCUGCAUUGGCAGUAUGCCUUUGUGGUGUAAUCAGCUAAUGACUUCUUGUCCUUUCCUAUUCAGUUUUGAAGCAAGAUGCAAAUACUUCAAACUGGCAGCAUUUGGUCAGCCACGACUACCAUCUCACAUAUCUUACCAUAACUCUGAAACUCUAAGCGACAGGCGACUGGGCCAUGGUGUAUUGCCUCGAAAGAAGUUCUUAGUUUACCGCGACCGAAUCUUGGAGUCUGCUGCACAAAUGAUGAAACUACAUGCCAGUCAUAAAGUGGUUCUUGAAGUGGAAUAUGAUGAAGAAGUGGGAACUGGUCUUGGACCAACUUUGGAAUUUUAUACCUUGGUGUGUCAGGAGUUGCAAAAGUCUGGUUCAGGCAUGUGGAGAGAGGAUGCUUCUUCACAUACCCUCAAGACAAGUUUGCAUGCUGAGGAAACAGGAAUUUAUUCUUUGUAUGGACUAUUUCCUCGCCCAUGGUUGUCAACGCAAGAUGCAUCUGGUGGCAUACAGUUCUCUGAAGUAACAAAGAAAUUUGUCCUUUUAGGUCAAGUUGUAGCUAAAGCACUUCAAGAUGGAAGGGUCUUAGAUCUCCACUUUUCAAAAGCUUUCUAUAAACUUAUUCUUGGAAAGGAACUUUAUGUCUACGACAUACAAUCACUUGAUCCUGAGCUUGGUAGGGUGCUGCAUGAGUUUCAAGCUCUAGUUAACAGGAAAAAAAAUUUGGAAUCGGUCUAUGGAGGGAAUUCUGAGUUGGAACAAGGACUAAGCUUUCGAGAUUCCAGAAUUGAGGAUCUUUGUCUUGAUUUUACUCUUCCCGGGUAUCCUGAUAUAGUUCUUGCUUCAGGGUCUGAUCACACCAUGGUAAAUAUGAGAAACCUGGAGGGUUAUGUUUCACUUAUUGUGGAUGCAACCGUGAAGUCUGGAAUUUCAAGACAAGUGGAAGCUUUUAAAUCCGGCUUUAACCAGGUUUUUCCCAUUGAGCAUCUUCAGAUUUUCUAUGAAGAAGAGCUUGACCGUAUACUCUGUGGAGAGGAUGAUUCUUGGGCUAUCAAUGAGCUGUCGGAUCAUAUUAAGUUCGAUCAUGGUUACACUGCUAGCAGUCCUCCCAUUGUUAAUUUGUUGGAAAUUAUUCGAGAGUUUGACCAUGGCCAGCGACGAGCAUUUCUCCAGUUUGUGACCGGUACACCCCGGCUUCCUCCAGGAGGAUUGGCAUCUCUCAAUCCAAAGUUGACUAUUGUCCGAAAGCAUUGUAGCAACCAAGCAGACACAGACCUUCCUAGUGUGAUGACUUGUGCAAAUUACCUUAAGCUACCUCCUUAUUCGUCAAAAGAAAAGAUGAAAGAGAAGCUCUUGUAUGCCAUUACAGAGGGUCAAGGAUCUUUCCACCUUUCAUGA